UUUCAAAAAAUCUAACUUUCUUCUUUUUUUUUUUACAUUUACAGUUGGUUAUAAUGGCGGACAGACGUAAAGGUGGGAGAAAAAAAUCCAGUGAUCCAAAUCAAAAGUUGACGAAAGAAGAAGAUACUAUUGCACGUUACGUUCGAUUUAAUUGUCCAACAAAGACAACAAUGUUUGAAGGCAAUGAAGUACAUUAUUUUACCGGUGCAAAAGCAGUUGACACAUUGUAUGAAUCUAAGAAAUAUGGUCAUGCAGCGAAAGAUAUAAAAUUCGCUACACGACAGGCAGCUGUCAUGUUUAUGCGUUCACUCCUGGAAAAAGGUCUAUUUUUUCGGGCAAGGAAGCUAGUUCCAAAAAAGAAGGACGAUAGGAAGGACCAAAAAGAAAAAGGGACUGAUGUGAGCAAGUCGCCAAAAAAGAAAUCAAAUAAGGGUGACCAAUUUGAAAAGGAAAAGGAAAAAGAGAAAAAUAAGGAAGAAAAGAAAGAGGAAAGCGAUGACAACGACGAAGAGAAUGGAAAAGAUAAGGAUAAGAAGAAAGAAGAGGAAGAGAAGAAAAAACGUAAAAUCAAAUUAGAACUUCAUCUGGAGCAAUCAUUUAAUGACGCAAACGAUGUAUAUGUUUGGAUCUUUGAUCCAACACCCUUAUACAAGAAAGUUAUCGGUGCUCUUAUGGUAUUGGGUACCAUAGCGGGUUGUUUAUUCCCUCUUUGGCCGAUGUGGUUACGUCAAGGCGUUUAUUAUUUAUCAGUCUGUGGAUUAGCUUGCUUUGGAUUGCUUAUUGGUGUUGCAGUAGCUCGAACGAUAUUAUUUGCCAUAAUUUGGGCAGUUACUAUGGGCAAACAUAAAUUGUGGUUGCUACCUAAUUUAACGGAAGAUUGUGGCUUCUUUGAAUCAUUCCAACCUUGGUACACUUAUGAAUAUUGCUCUGGUGGAAUCGCCGCAAGUAAUAAAAAGAAAAAAAAGUGAUGGCAAAAAGAAAUCUGAUGAUGAGGAACCAUUAAUGGGUAAAAAAGGAAUGAAAAGCGGUGAAAGUGACAGUCAGACAACUGAAGUAAAUGAGAAGAUCGGGAAAGAAAAUCAGUCUCGAAGAAAAGAAAGUGGAGAUGAAAAUGCCGAUUUAGGCAAUGAUAAUGAAAAUGAUGAAACGGAUGAAAAAGUGGACAGUACUUCGGAUUCGGAUGGUAGAAGCAGUCAGGAAACGAGUGGUUCACUGAACAAUGGCGGUGAUACUGGAAGUGGUGAAAGCGGUAAUGAUGAUCGUAAGAUAAGAUUAAGACGACGCGCUAGGAAAGCAGACGACGAUUUCGUACUUAUUGAUGAAUGAUUCCGGUUUGAUUAAAUGUUAUUUAUUUAAACUUACGCUUCUCUACUUUCUAACGUUUGCUACAGGGAUAAUAAUAAUAGGGUGUUAGAGGAUCAAAAAUCAUUAAUGUUUCAGCAUGCUUUAAUUCUUCAAGAAAAAAAAUCAAUUUUUUGUCGUAAUGGUUUGUAGAUAGGAUUCUUUCGUCAGUUUGUCAAAUAUUCUGGGUAUUUUAUUUACAUCAUUUCAGUACAUCAUAAUGUGCAGCUUAAUUAUUUCAAUUGUAUAAUUGGAUGAUUAGGCGCAGCUUAUUUUUUAUAAAUUUUUGGAAUAAAAUCUUAAACUCCUUAAAAUUUCUUUCAACUAUUUGUUUUCUUGAGCAGUAACUAAUCACUUCUGGACUCUCAUUUAAAUAUUUCCAGUUUGAUUGCUGUCACUUUCGCAAUGCUCUCUUCUUGCGAUCUAUUCAUGCUAACUUAUGGCUUAUUUUAUAUGAAGAUUUAAAAAGAAAGUUCAGAAAGUAGUAAUGG